GGGCGAGCGCGCAUGCGCGGUGAGGAGGAAACUGCCGAGGUUCGUUUCAUGGCUAUGUGAGGCUGAGUCAAAGAGAGUGAACGAGAAAAGCUAGCGAGAGUUUGGGGCUCACACUUUUGUCGGCUGCUGACCUGUGUGCGUGUGCUGCCUCGUCAAAGGCUCAGAAGGCUGCUGUCGGCAACGAGAAGGGAAAAAAGAACCGCCUGUAAUGACGGUAACGUCCAGAGAGUUGAUUUAAGGCAGAAAUAGGGGCAGUGCGCAGCCACGAGCAGCCGAGAUAAGCGAGUAGUGAAAAAAGUGAGACAUCCAGCAAGACCUAACUCAGUUGGUGGCUUGCCCCGUAACGUGUAGGGUGGAGAAGAUCACACGCUAGGAUUUAAAAUGGCAGAUGCAGAUUUGGACUUCACGACAGGUGAUGCUGGGGCUUCCACCACUUACCCCAUGCAGUGUUCUGCCCUGCGCAAGAACGGCUUUGUGGUGCUGAAGGGUCGACCAUGCAAGAUCGUGGAGAUGUCAACUUCCAAAACUGGCAAACAUGGACAUGCAAAGGUCCACAUGAUUGGCAUCGACAUUUUCACUGGCAAAAAAUAUGAAGAUAUCUGUCCCUCAACUCACAAUAUGGAUGUCCCCAACAUCAAGAGAAUGGACUAUCAGUUGAUUGGCAUCACAGAUGGCUACCUGUCCCUGCUCCAGGACAGUGGUGAGGUCAGAGAAGACCUGAAAAUGCCUGAGGGAGACCUGGGUAAAGAGAUUGAGAGCAAGUAUGAUGCUGGAGAGGAGAUCCUGAUCAGUGUCCUGUCUGCAAUGAAUGAGGAGGCUGCAGUGGCCAUUAAAGCCAUGACUAAAUAAAACGCAGCAGGUACACGGGGCUCUCGUGUCUGUGUGUGUAUGCAUGCUCACCUGCUAGAGAGUAACUGUGCUACGCUAGUGUGCCAACAGCAAAGCACUAAUCCAAGUGUUUACGUUCUAUUCCAGCAGUUAAUUUUUUUUUCCACGCAAAUAAUUAUCCAUGUGGUGAAAUCAAUAAAAUAUACUAUUUAGUUCAAAAA